AUAAAAAUGGCUCCCAAGAAACAGUAUUCGAGAACAAGUGAUCGCUAUAAAAGGACAAGAAAAGCUCUUAAGGACAGCAGAAAAAGAAGAAAUACAUUGCCAUCUGGAGCCACGAAAUAUACCUGGGGCAUGAACGAGUCAGAAACAGAAGAAUUUUUUAAUGAUUUGGACGUUUCUGUGUUGAGAUGGCCCGAUGAAGAUGUUAGGGACUCGAGUCAGGAUCAAGAGCUCGUGGAAGCGGAGGACUUGAAUGGCAAAACUACAUCAAAUAAUCUUGGUCAACAAGUUUCUAAAAAUAAUUCAACAAAAAGUAGAAUCCUCGCGAAGAAACAGUCCAAAUCUUGUGGGAUUUGUGGUCAUCAUAGGCAAGUCAAUCAUUCUAAUGCCAAGAGGAAAGAAAACACAGAAAAGUUAGAUCCCUUUACUAUUUUAUCAGACGAAAUGAUUUUAGGAAUUUUCAAAUUUUUACCAAGACACACCCUGUCUGUUUGUGCUCAAGUAAGCAAACAAUGGCAGAUAUUUGCUUAUGAUGAGAGUCUAUGGCGAUGUGUAGACAUGGCAAAAACUAAGCUACAGCCAGGCAUCCUUGGUUCUGUUUUGUUACGAGGUGUAAGAGUAUUAAGACUAGCGUCAUCAAUGGUGUGCUCUCCCAUAUUUGAUGACAACCUCAACAUUUUUCCAGACAUAGUUCCUGUUUGUCAGACCAGUGAUUGUCCUCUAAAGCUUUGUUAUCUUGAUGCUACAUUGUGCACAUUUGAGGAAAACAGUUUGCUUUGCCUAUUAAUGCAUUCAAGAAGAUUGAUAUGCCUAAGCUUGGACUCUUGUACUCUUUCUCUAAGCAUCCUCAGGGCAAUUGGUCAAUGUCAAGAUCUAAGAAAGCUGAAUUUAGCAAUGUGCACAGGAAUUACUUUACAAGGAAUGAAAGCUUUAGUGAAUGGCUGUAAACGAUUAACAGAACUGAAUUUAGCUUGGACAAACCUUGGCAAGGAAUCCAUUUUACAGGUUGUGCAAAAUCUACCAAACCUUACCAAAUUAAAUCUAAGUGGAUGCAGAGUAUGCUUAACAGAUGAAGCUGUGCUGCAGCUGGUCCAAAACUGUCCUAAACUAACACAUCUGGAUUUAAGUGAUGCUAUUCAAAUAACAGCAUUAUCUCUAUCAUCCAUUGCAAAGAACCUUGAUCUUCAACAGCUGGCAAUAAGCAGAUGCUACAGCAUUCUUCCACAAGCUUUCCACCUAUGUACACAGAUGAAAUCCUUGGAGAAACUUGAAGUAUAUGGAAUUCUCAAUACAGAUGGUGUGGACCUGUUGAAAAAAGAACUUCCUGGCAUAAAAAUCAACAGCUGUCUAUUCUCAACCAUUGCACGACCAGUAAGCUAUAAGUACGAUGGCACCAUUUGGGGUAUCACAUGUGAAAAAUAACAUGCACACAGUUCUUAAGGAAAUUAUGCAGGAAUUGAAUAUUUCAUCAGCGAUAUUUAUUGCUGAACUGUUAAAAUUUUAAAAAUUGUCUGUGCCAUGAACAAGUAGGGAUCCUGGUUGUGGACUUCAGAUUAUGCAGGAUGAUAAGGAUUGAAAAUAAAUGGAAAUCUUGCGGUAUAUAGUGAAGUAGGAAGCCACUAAAAGUAAGUGUUUGGCCAGUACUGGUUACUUGAAUAUGGGACGAAGGAGCCAUCAAAAUACCAAGUUUUACAUCUUAUUCUUGACUGUAAAUAUACGUUUUAGCUUUAAAUUGUAAAGAAAAAUUUAAAUAUUAUA